AUGGCCGACCACGGCCCGAGCUGCCAACAGAGUCCGAGCCCGCGCUGCCCGCCAGAUGUGGCAGAAAUGGGCACGCCACCACCGACGCUGCCGACCAAGCCCCUGCGCCAGAUCGAGCGGAUCUGGGCAGAGCCUCGCCCGCGCGUCGCCUCCCGAGCCGGAGCACCGCCGCCGCCGCGCUUCACCAGGACGCGGCGCCGACGCGCCGCCUCCGACCGCCGCACCACGCGCCCGCCGCCGCGCCGCAGGGCCCCGCAGCAGCCCCGCGCCGCCACCAGAAGCCGCCUGUCACCCCGAAGAAACUAUUCUCUGGUGGCGGAGACACCGCGAAGAAUCUACCGGAAGAUACUCGACGCAGCGGCGACGAUUGGGGAGAAAACUAAGGAUGACUCAUCCAUCGGCCAUUGCCGGUCCUUGCAGCGGAACAUGUCAAUGUCGAUGAGCGCUCCCGUCUCGCCAAAGGUAGCGGCAGCACCACCGACUCCGGUGACAUGUCACAGGCGGGAACUGCCGGAGGUGGCUGCCGGGUGGCCAUUGCGAAGGAAGGACAUCAUGCCUGCCUCGCCGGAGUGUUCGGAGAUGUCUGUGGUUGAGUGGGCAAUGCGGCUUCCAAGCCGGUGCUCACUGCUAUCGCCAGCCAGUUCAGUCAAAACUUCCGAUCACCAGGCGACCUCUCAAUCGAGAAGCGAUUCGACAGAGCCGCCGUCUCCGGUGACCGAGGAAGCAGCGGAGCUGGUCUCGAUCAGAGAGAAGUACUCGUCAAUGUACACCAUGUUCAGUUACAGUGAUCUUGCGAGGAUCACCUCUGACUUCUCCCCAGAGCGGGUAGUGGGGAAAGGUGGUGCGAGCCAUGUUUACAGUGGCCGUUGCGAAGACGGCAAGGAGCUGGCGGUGAAGGUCUUGAAAUCUUCAGCCGAGGUGAUGAAGGAGUUCGUCGGGGAGAUCGGCAUCGUCAGCUCCGUCGAGCACAAGAACGCCAUGGCCCUCGUCGGGUUCUGCGCCGAGCGCGGCAAGCUCAUGCUGGUCUACGACUACAUGCGCAGAGGCAGCCUGGAGGAGAUCUUGCACGGUGAGAAAGAAUGCAAGGGCUCAAGGUUAGAUUGGCCGGAGAGAUUCAAGGUGGCCGUGGGAGUCGCGCGCGCCCUCAAUUAUCUCCACGGCGGCGGCCACACCAAGUGUCCGGUGAUUCACAGGGACGUCAAGUCCUCCAACAUCCUCAUCUCCCAAGAUUGCGAACCCAAGCUGUGCGACUUCGGCCUCGCGCUGUGGGCGGCGGACGCGGCGGCGCAGGUCACCGGCGACGACUUGGCCGGCACGUUCGGGUACUUGGCCCCUGAGUACUUCAUGCACGGCAAGGUCAGCGACAAGAUGGACGUGUACGCCUUCGGGGUGGUCCUUCUGGAGCUCGUCUCCGGGAGGAAGCCGGUGAGCUCAGGUGGCCCCAAGGGCCAGGAGAGCAUAGUGAUGUGGGCGAAUUCCGUCGUGCAAGGUGGGAAGCUGACAGAGCUCGUCGAUCCGAGCCUUCCGACGGACGGCGACAACGCCGGCGAGAUGGAGAGAAUAGCCCUCGCGGCUGCACUCUGCAUCCGUCGAGCACCGCACGUUCGGCCUAGCAUGGCAAACGUCCUGAAGCUGCUCGACGGCGACAGCGACGCCGUCCAGUGGGCGAGGUCGCAGCUGGGCAUGCCCAACGCCUGCGACGACAACCACGGCGACAAAGAUUAUGACAGCGCGGCUGCUUUGCCUGACAAGAACGACAUCCAGUCGUACAUCAAGCUCGCUCUGCUCGACGGCGGCGACGAGGAGGACGACGACGACUCCGCGUCCGUGGGUUGCGCCGCCGACUUCAUCGCCGGCAACAUGUCGCUGGAGGAGUACAUGAAGGGGAGGUGGAGCCGGUCGUCCAGCUUGACUGAAGACGGAGGCUCCAACCAUGGCGGGAGUGCACGGGUUUUUGUGUAGAUACCAUCAACAAUUCGUUUGAUUCUUUCGUUUAUGUGUAUAUAUGUUGAGUUCAGUUUUCUCUUUCUAUAGUUAGUAGGGUGGUUGCACAGUUUUGAUGUUUCAUCUAGCUAGCCAUUCAUGGAUUUGUUACAACAUCUGUACCAUUCUCCUCCAAGGACCAAAGGAGAAAAAUGUAUACAUUCCAGUUUGAAGUUUCUAUGAUACUGGGAGGGAACCCUAGAAUUACAAACUCACAAAAAAAAACAUACUCCUCAUGCAAACAACCCUUUGGAUGUGGGUAUUUCUAUCAAGUGUUCCAAAUUUACUCAAAUUUGAAAUGAUUCCAAAUUUACUCAAAUUUGAAAUGAACACAUAAGAUCCGAAGAAAAAUACUGCCCAUCCAAACAAUACACA